CUCCACAUAGACAGACAGCAGCCGCUACAGGGAAGAUGGAGGAUGGUUUGGCAGCGGCGGAGCGGACCUCCAGUCUGCAGCAACAUCGCAGCUGAAAGCGGGGUGGGCUUUAAAAGAAAAACAUCCCAGAAUAUAAAACUGCUGCUGUCAAUGAACUCCUGAAAACAUUAGGCUCUUCCCAGAAGCCUUUGCUCUGACCUCCAGACUCUCCUGCUGAUGAGGGACUGAACCCUCUCACUGACACAGCUCCACGGACCAGGACCAGACAGCCAUGAACCCCCAGGAGACGGAGCUCGGCCAGGAGGUUAUGGAGGAGGCCGACGCCCCCCCCCGCCACCGCCACAACAACCACAACAGCCGGUCCCGUAACCACAGCAACCAGGAAAAACGCUACAGGCGUGUUGAGGCCCCUGCAGGAGGAGGUGCUGGGAGCAGAGUGAGGGGGCCUCAGCAGCACAGGGGGCCACAGGAGGAGACAGAGGAGCCUCCACAGCCCCAGCCCAUCCCCCGACCCGCAGUGACACGAUACCGCAGACAGGGGGACAGCGAGGCCCAGGUCAGAGCCCAGCAGCAGAGGCACCGGCAGAGGCAGCAGAGGGAGGCGGAGCGAACGCAGCACCUGGCCCAGCAUGAGAAGCAGCAGCGCGCCCAGAGGAGCCAGGAGGACGAGCGGGAGCGAGACGAUUCAGCGCUGGCCCGCUCAGCCAGCACCGAGAGCAACUUCCACACCCACACAGACCGGGCCGAGGGCGACGACGGCCAGCUGGUGAUGUCUCUGGAGCCGGAGGGGCAGGCAGAGGCCGAGGACGACGCCGGGAACUACGAGGUCCAGCUGAGGCCUGAGGCGGAGGGGUACACUGAGAGUGCCGAGGCUGAGCAGCAACAUCUCCAUCCUCACUUCCCCCCUCAGCCACCUGAACCCCUGCCUGAGGUCGAAAGCCCCCAGAGACAGGGUGAAGCCGAGGAGAUACUGCACGCCGGCUACUCCAACUACGUCUACACCCAGCCCCUCAGCCCCUCCAGUGGGAGGGGCGACGUGUCGGACGGUCAGAGCCUGGAGAGUUUGGACGCUGCUCUCGGGGACGAAGCCUACUCCGAGCCAUAUGACAUAUACUCACUCUCAGAGCGUGUUUACGAGGAGAUCUGCGAUACUCCCACAUCAGUUUCAUCUGCUGCGGACGGGGCCGAGGACACAGAGUCGCUCCGGCAGAGGCGUGCCGGCUUCAAACUGUUCGAGGGUCGGCCGGCAGGGGGAGACUACCAUCAGCAGGAAGCGGUGGGCUCCCGCCUGCGGCACUACGACGAGCGCUCGGACGGCGAGUCAGAUAGCCCGGAGAAGGAGGCAGAGUUCGCCCCGUACCCGCGCGCCGACAGCUGCGACCAGGACGAGGACAUCGACACCAUUGUGGCUGAGGUGAAAGAAAGCCUGAGCUCUCAGAGUCUUCUCUCCAGGCUCAGACUCACCCUCUCCUCCAGGAGCAGAGUCCUCCAGCAGACUCCUGCUGCAGGACGACGGCUUCCAAUCUUCUCCCUCCAGUAAAGAGACCAAGAGAAGCCUUGCAUCUUUCCCCACAUAUGUGGAAGUCCCAGGCCCAUGUGACCCAGAGGACCUGAUCGAUGGGAUCAUCUUCGCAGCCAACUACCUGGGCUCCACCCAGCUGCUGUCGGAUAAGACACCGUCCAAGAACAUCCGCAUGAUGCAGGCACAGGAGGCGGUCAGCCGCAUCAAGACGGCCCAGAAAUUAGCCCAGAACAAGAAGAAGGCCCCUGAGGGAGAGCCUCAGCCCAUGACGGAGGUGGAUCUCUUUAUUUCUACCCAGAGAAUCAAAGUGCUCAACGCUGACUCUCAGGAGACCAUGAUGGACCACCCUUUGAGGACCAUCUCCUACAUUGCUGACAUUGGUAACAUCGUGGUUCUGAUGGCCCGCCGCAGGAUGCCUCGACCCGACUCUCAGGAGAACGUGGAGGCCUCAGAUCCAGGGCAAGAGAGCAAGCGGCAGUACAAGAUGAUAUGCCAUGUGUUUGAGUCCGAGGAUGCCCAGCUGAUCGCCCAGUCCAUUGGGCAGGCCUUCAGUGUGGCUUACCAGGAAUUCUUACGGGCAAAUGGUAUUAACCCGGAGGACCUGAGCCAGAAGGAGUUCAGCGAUCUGCUCAACACUCAGGACAUGUACAAUGAUGACCUCAUCCACUUCUCUAAGUCUGAGAACUGCAAAGACGUGUUCGUAGAGAAAUCAAAGGGGGAGAUUCUGGGUGUGGUCAUUGUGGAGAGUGGGUGGGGCUCCAUCCUGCCCACCGUCAUCAUCGCCAACAUGAUGCAUGCUGGGCCAGCUGAGAGGUCUGGCAAACUGAAUAUAGGAGACCAGAUAAUGUCCCUCAAUGGGACCAGUCUGGUGGGACUGCCACUGUCCACCUGCCAGAGCAUCAUCAAGGGUCUGAAGAACCAGUGUGGGAUCAAGCUGAACAUCGUCAGAUGUCCCCCAGUGACCACUGUGCUCAUCAGACGGCCAGACCUGCGCUACCAGCUGGGGUUCAGCGUCCAGAACGGCAUUAUCUGCAGCCUUAUGCGUGGGGGCAUCGCUGAGAGGGGCGGGGUCAGAGUGGGACACCGCAUCAUCGAGAUCAACAGCCAGAGCGUGGUGGCCACGCCCCAUGAGAAGAUCGUCCACAUCCUGUCCAACGCUGUGGGAGAGAUCCACAUGAAGACAAUGCCUGCAGCCAUGUACCGCCUGCUGACCGCCCAGGAGCAGCCUGUUUACAUCUAAGAAGACCGAGCCCUGACCUCACACACCUCUAACUCCCCCCCCCCCCCCCACCCGCUCACCCUGCACCCUUCUGGUCCCAGCUGGUGGACUGUAGUGAGUUGUUAGUGGGAUUGUUCUGUUGCUCUGCCUCAUCUUCAAGUGACAACAUAGAAACCCAGAGUAUCUGUCGUCACUAAAGGAUUUGUUUUCUUACUUUGGCUAAAUGUACAAAGGGUGAUAGAUGUUUACACCUGUUGCUAUUUCUGCGCCUAGUAGUGCCCCGCAAUCCUCAACACAUUUCACACUUUCAAACUUGGGAGCAGUUCCUCAGCGCAUCUCUAAUGUUCAGUUUAGGCAACUUUUAACUAUAUGGUCAUUGUUUAAUCAGAAAAAUUUGAACUUCUCACACACUAUAAACCUUAUAUUUAAUGAGCAAUCUGCACAUCUAACCCUGACUGUCCUUUCUGCCAUGCUGCUAUUUCAUUGGCAGACCACUGCCUGUGUCUUUAUAUACGUAGUUCCUCCACCAACUUAUGUGUUUUUAUCUUCAGUUUUCAUGUUUUAGCUACAUUUCAUGGGACCAAGCUGGAGCCUGCUACUGUAACUCAGUGCGAACCAUGCUGACAGAUGAGUGUGAGCACACACUUCCCCUUGGCACAUUCCAUAUGUCCGCUGCUUUGGAAGAGUUGACGCUGCACAUUUCCAACAGAUACGUUUCUGACUCCAUUGUCACAGUCAGUGUUGGCUGAUCAUUUAUUACAUUUUUGUAUCCUCUGUACAGAGCACAAGCUGUAGCUCCGUCAGGUUGGUGUUGUCAUGUGACAACACCAACUAAAGUAAUGCUGUCCAAACAUGGGGGCGUAACAUCACACCUGCACCACCAUGUCCCUGUGUCAAGGUGUUGGAACACAACAGGGAGGGAAUGAUUCAAAAAUAAUCCCAGGCAGUUUUUCUCAAACAAAGUGAACCAUAUACUGUAUGAAGUUCUAUCGCUUCACUCCCCUAAAACCUUAAAAAGAAAAACUCUGCCUAUUCUAUAGAGCGUGAUGUACUUUUGUUGGCCGACUCUGAAGUUAGAAAAAAAACAAUGGGAUUUUGGAUUAAAAUGUGCGUUGGUAAACACAUGUUCAUGAUACUUUCACCUUCUGUUCAGCAGGGUAAUCUCCAAAUCUGAACACCACUUUUCUUAUCUUUGAAGCCAAAAUGCAAUCCCCAGAAGUAAAAAACUAACAUAAUGCUAUAAUCGGACUACAUCAGGGUCACAUGACUGAGCCAAACAUUAAGCAAGGUGGCUAAUGUUUGGCUAAUGAUGUUAAGCAGUCUUAUUUAGACUCUGGACAUUCACCAGUAGGUUUUUUACUAUAUAUGUAUUUUAUGUCUUAGAACAAAACAUGAAAAUCUUGUAAGCUUGUGUUAACCAUAUACCUUAUUUCAGGCUUCUAAUCAAAGCAUUUACAAAGAAACAGCACCGGAAAUGGUAAUACAUUAAUAAACUCAUUUUUGGGUUUUUUAGCUCAUUCCUGCACCUCUCUUUUGAACGCAAACAGUUCCAGGAAAUCAAGCCUUUAUAAUUUGGCCUCUAUAGAAAUGUGAUUUAUUCAUUGCUGGUUUGAUAAUGUAGUAAUAGGUAGGUAAUGGAGUGUGCUCGGGACUACGUCAUACCAUUGUAUGUGGAUGCACAAAGCACUGUACAUGUAUAUAGUCUGUUUCCUUAACAUUGUACAGGGUUUACUGAUCUCUGUACACAGGACACUGCUCGUAGUGCAUACAAGCCACUUUAAAUGGUCUAGCUAUAGGCGAGUAUGGCACCAACAAACAAAGGCUGGCCCCUAAUUAUUAUUCCGCAGCUCAACAAGAGUCGUGGCAUCAUGUCACUGACUUUCGCUUUCUCUUGCCAACAACAGUCUUAUUCAGUAAAUCAUUCCAGUGGCUUCUACUUGCUUUUGUUUCUUUUGUUAACUACUGCUUAUGAAACUUGGCUGCAGUUUUCACAUUAAAAGUCUACAUUUUAUGGCUUUAUUCCCUUUAAGCCACCGGUUUUUAGCCAAGGUUUUUAAUGUUAACUGUGGGUUCAGGAGGUGUUUCGUGUAAGUGACAGCAGCUGAAAGUUUCAAUCCCAAAGAUCUCUCUCUGUGUUUCUGUGUUUUGUAGAUUUCACUUCCCACGAGAUCCUGCAAAUACCCAGUUUGUAAUACUGCAAAUAUAUACAUUUUGCAACACAUUUAUCAGGGUUUAGUCUGCAUUGACAGAACAUUAAAAGAGGAGCAAAUAAGAACAUAUUAAGGCUUCUUAUAUGAUGACUAAUAACAAAAAAUACAAUCCUCCUUCAGGAAAGGCCUGAUUCAUUUGAGGGAGAGAAUGGCCUCCAACAGUCCAACAGAGAAUGUACAAUGACAAGAAAAAUGCUGCCUUUAUUCAAUUGGAAAUAAGAAACAGUGAAUUGUUUUUGUUAAUACGCUUUCCAUUAAUAUAAUUAUGAAUAAUGCCAGGGAGACAUUUAUCAGCAUCAUAUCAGCGAAGAUAUCCCAUAUACAGCUUUCUAUAUGUAGCACUGUUUGAUUACCCAAUUUGUGUUAUUUCUAUUAUGAGUUUAACUGUGUAACUGUCUAUUUGCUUUUAAAUGUGAUGAAGGACAAAACAUGUUUAAGGGGAAGAAAGAGUAGGAAGGAGGGGGAGACAUCAGGAUUAUUAGCAUAUUUUGAGUUAUGAAUACCUAUAACCCAGCAGAGUACAGAUCCCUGAAGUGUUAACGGCAAUGAGAUGCGUAGUAUUAUGGCAUGCGGUAGUUUCUCUCACGUUCCUGAAGGAAUACAGACUUUCUGUUCCUGCACUGCAGACAGUUCACGGGUUAUCCAAAGUGCAAUGCUUUAUUUUGUUAACUUGAAAUAUGAUUAUUUUCAUUACCUUUUUCUUAUUUAAAUGUUCUCUGAUAAUUUGAUACUUUUAUGUUGUAUUAAUACACAAAAUGAGACUGUCCAUUAGGAUUUUUUUCAAAUGUAAGUGGUGCCUCUUAAAUGACUCAACUGGUAUUUUAUCCCAUUCGAUUUUAAAUCACUGGAAAUCAGUGUCUGCCUCCUAAAACUAGAAUUUAAAAACAAAGGUUCAGCUGUGGAACGUGGCAUAUAGGUAACAGACAUACCGGCAUGUUAUCUUCAAAAUGCUGUGGAUGAUCUUGACUAUCUGCUUUUCAAUUUGAAGUAAUUUUUUAUAGUAAAGGUGCUGAUAUCACAUGAGACAAGGUAAGGGACUAAAGUGAGCAGGUCUUUGCUGCCGGUCUUCUGGGUAAAAUAUUUGACUCUUCAGUGAUUAGAAGGAUUUGUGUUACAACUGAAACAGAUAUAAGCACCUUUAAAACGGCUUUACUGACAGAAGAGGGUUCUCUACAUCAUUUGUGUUAUGUUCCAGGAGGUAAUGAACCAACAGGAUAAUGAACCUGAAAUAUAAGUGACUCUCAGACUGCGACUCACAUAUACAGUAGCAGAUUCAAAAAACGUUUCUUUUUUCACACUGCCUUCUAUGCCAUUUAUUUAACACGAUGAUUGUCAUUGGCUACGAAUGUUCAUGUGGCUCAGGUUCUGCACAUGUAUUAUAAUCACAACAUAUUUAGUGUCAAAAGACUAAGCUUUAAACAUUAUUUAAAAAGGGAAAAUAAAUGGUUCAUGUUAUUGCAGCCUCUUACAAUGUUGCAGAGCCAUUGUGCUCCAUUUCAAACUAACUCAAUUCAAAAAGGAAAUAAUGUGUAAGAUGUAAUUUUUAUUUAUUUAUAAGAUACAAAUCAAAUUUCUGAAUUCAAUUCAAUUGAAUUCUCUCUUUUUCAAGUGUUCCUUUAAACAGAACACAUCCCCUUGACUGCAAUAAGACUGUCCUUUAAAAUGUAGCACACCAAGAAGGUCUUAUUGUUGUCUCUCUCCAGUCCAAAUUGAGGUUUUACGGGGAGGGAGGGGGCGGUGGGGGUGGGGGUGGGGGUGGGGGUGGGUGUGGACUAAUGAUGGACUCUAAGGUUUACUAAGGAUUGCGGGUUAAUCAUUGAGGUUAAAACUAAUGUUCCAAGUGAUAAACAACUCGGAAACAAGAACCUUUUAAAGGCCAGUCAAUUUGGACUUUCAAUCUUUUCGAUCUUAUCAGUGUAGACUUUUUUCCUCCACAUCCUAAAGCGCUAUUAACUCAAAACCUACUCCUCUGCAUCUCUGGGAAUGUACCUGACUACACCAGCCCAACUGUUUUGCUUUGAACAGCUUUAUUUCCACUGUUGGACGACGAUGUUUACAUCCCUCUUGAGUUUAAGGCUCAACCACAUGUACCCCACUGUAUAUUCGAUCUUUAAAAGCCAAUGCUUAUUCCAUAUGUAUGACCUCAUUGAUGAAGCUCAUCUUGGCCUUACUGCUACUACUGGACUCUUUAUGAUGGUAAAACGGACCCUGAAGAGGAAUAGGGGCAAGGGCAGCCAUUUCUGGAUUUACAGAGAUUACGCUGUACUGUUCUUACAUCUAGUGUGUGUGUGUGUGUGUAGUGUGAUUUAAACCAAUGUACUCCAUGUUCAAACAAAAACCAGCUGGAUAUAUAAAAUACACAUAUAAAGUAAAUAUAUAGAAAACUAUGUAAAGGUAUAUACUUCUAAUGGUUUUGUUUGUUUGGUCUAAAGGCAAGCUUCAUUAGAGAGCAAUGUGAACGGAAUGUACACAACUAAUAUGUUAAAAGACAUAAAGCUAGAGCACGAGAUAAUGUAAGGUGUGAGUGAUAAUUUCCCUCCAUGGACUGUCAGGCUAGCGUGACACGAUGUAGCUAACAGAGGAAACAAGCACUUGAAGCUAGCACAGGCAGUAGGGUUGGCUAACAAGUAUUUUUAAGUGCACUCAUUUUGAAUGUAACUGAAACAUUAACUCUCAAUGUGUCGGAAGAUUAAAAAAAUAUAUACAUAUAAGGAAAAUACAAUUUCUGUAAAGCAGCAGCAAUGUUUUAUUUAUUUGCUAGCUUUUUUCUGUGAUGUUCUAGCUAAUGGAGCUACAUUCCUGUACCAGAGCCAGAAUGUUUGUAACAGUAUUUACCACAAUAAAUGACUUGCAGAAGCA